UCAUCAUUAUCAUCAACGUACGGCUACGGAAAUUCUCUUUAUGGUGGCUAUCGUAGCGGUUAUGGCACCGGCUAUGGUGGCUUAGGUGGCGGUUAUGGUUUAGAGGGCGAUGGAAGUGAUUUCUUAAAUAGAGCAGAAGACAACAGCCGUGCCGCAUUUCAAGCGAUCGAAUCAAUUGUUCAGGCAUUCGGAUCUGUUACUAUGAUGUUAGAAUCGACAUUUCAUGCUGUGCAUAGUUCGUUUAGAGCUGUUUUAGGUGUAGCCGAAAAUUUUAAUCGUUUACGUGAUCACUUUUCAGCUAUUCUCUCCACUUUUUCCCUUAUACGUGCCUUACGUUACAUCUAUAACAAAUUGUUAGUACUAUUGCGAAUUAGACGCAAUAAUCUAGACGAGCAAGCUUGGAAUCAGGCCGAAAAUUUGGGUGAAACAUUAGGAAAGCCUUCACAGAAUGAUGGACCAAUCUCAUGGCCCCUCGGCCUCUUUGCAGUAGUAGCAAUUGGUGGUCCAUGGCUAAUUUGGAAAAUUAUAAAGGGAUUAGAAUCAAGUAAUGGAAAAUCACGUAAAUCAUGGGCUACAGGCCAAACAGAUCAUCUAAUAGCGCGAGCUGAGCACGACUUUAAAAGUGAAAAUCAACGAGAGAUUUCUUUCCGUCGUGGUGAUACCUUACGUAUAGCACCUAAGGAUCGUCAACCUCGAAUUAAGGGUUGGCUGCUGGCUACCUUGGAUGGAGAAAACAUUGGGAUAGUCCCUUACAAUUACGUAAAGAUAUUAGGCUUAAGAAAAGGU